AUGACGACCCGCAUAGCGCCGGGCGUGGGUGCGAACCUGCUCGGGCAGCACUCGGCGGAGCGCAACCAGGACGCCACCACCUACGUCGGCAACCUCGACCCUCAGGUUUCUGAGGAGCUUCUAUGGGAAUUGUUUGUCCAAGCAGGCCCUGUUGUUAAUGUGUAUGUCCCAAAAGACAGAGUUACGAAUUUACACCAGGGAUAUGGAUUUGUAGAAUUCAGGAGUGAGGAAGAUGCAGAUUAUGCCAUUAAGAUUUUGAACAUGAUCAAACUAUAUGGUAAGCCCAUAAGAGUAAACAAGGCUUCCCAGGAUAAGAAGAGCUUGGACGUUGGAGCAAAUCUGUUUAUUGGCAAUCUUGAUCCGGAUGUUGAUGAGAAGCUGCUAUAUGAUACCUUCAGUGCAUUUGGAGUGAUUGUAACUAAUCCUAAGAUAAUGCGAGAUCCUGAAACUGGAAAUUCUAGAGGCUUUGGUUUUGUGAGCUAUGACUCCUUUGAAUCAUCUGAUCAAGCAAUAGAGGCCAUGAACAACCAACAUUUAUGCAACCGGCCAAUCACUGUCUCUUAUGCUUACAAGAAAGACACGAAAGGAGAGCGCCAUGGCACACCAGCAGAGCGACUGCUGGCAGCAAACAAUCCAGGAUCUCAGAAGAAUAGGCCACACACAAUGUUUGCAAGUGGUCCGCCGACCCAAGGUCUUCCAAAUGGUGGUCCCCCUGUGCCACGGCCUUAUGGCAAUGGCACAAUUCCGGGACAGAUUCAACACAUUCGACAACCACCUCCACCUGUUGGACAAUUCCCCCCUCCAAUGCAGAUGCACGGGCAACCUGCUUGGCCCGCUCCUCAACAAUCUAUGCCGCCCCCCAUGACAUCGCAACUCCAGUACAGGCUCCCAGUGAGGCCACCACCACCAAAUAUGAUGCCCCCUCCGGUUGGCAUGGUAAGGCCGCCACCUCCUCCCACUGGUAUGUCAGCACCACCUAUGUGGAUGCCACACCCACCCCCGCCACAACAAGGUGGAAUGCCUCCGCCUCCCAUGUCUAUGCCGCCACCGCCUCCACCACCAUCUGGUUAA